AUCGAACGCGUUUUUGCGUCCGUCUGCGCUGUUUUUAAUUUGUUUCUCUAUAUAAACAUGCGCUAGAUGGACUGCUUCGACAGUUACGUCGUUUUUAGACGCAGUGUCAAAUUAAAAUGAACUUACAUUUUUAAAAACGCGUCUCGAGACACAUGUGUUCUGUUCUAUUUAGCUCAUAAACGCGAUCGGUCUGAACGGCCCCUUACCUUUUCAAUGGAAACACUAGCGUUCGAGGCUCGCUCAUUGGUGCAUCUGAAGUCACUGGCGUUGCGCUCAGAACGUUGAACUACUGAAAAUAAACACUUAGAAUGAGCCAAGCGGUCACUUACAGUGAGGGUAAGUAGAAAGAGUUAACGAUCAAGAAACCGAACCAGCGAUACAGUUUUUUAUUUUUCCUCUUUGGAAACCAAACAGUAAGUUUUAUCCUUACACGCUCUGUUAUGUGACCUGCUGGAGUCCAGUAACAGAUAGCCUUAACAUUAAAGGACGUUUUAAAACAUAAACCGCCUUUCCAUUAUUCAUAAGACGGGCACAUGUUGUUGGCUAUCGGUGUCAUUGUAUGGUGUUGGGGAUUGUUGAGUCGCAGACCGAUGCUGCGCCGGCAGGGCAAGCAGAAAGUCCGCUGUUGCGUCUUGUUGAGUGACCUGAAGGUUUUCCUACUCAGGCCACCGGCACCAUCGGCGUCGCCAUCUGCCUUAACACCCAUGAACGAACUAAACGCGGAGGACAAUGCGACGAGCAGCGCCACGGAGAGCAACUCUUUAGCCAACGGACAUUAUCAGCCGGCGGGCUGGACGCCAACAGGUGAGGCUGAGGAUACAAGAGAGAACGAAGACUGGACUCAUAACGCAGUGGAUCCGCCGAGGACGCUGGACUGCUGCAGCUCAUCGGAGGAUUGUUCUAAAGAGAAGCUUGACGAGAGGUUAUCUCUGAACAGCAGCACGGACAGUGGAGUCAGAACCCCGUUGUGUCGGAUCUGUUUUCAGGGCCCAGAGCAGGGGGAGUUACUGAGCCCGUGUCGCUGUAGUGGUUCUGUUCGCUGCACUCAUGAACCCUGUCUUAUUAAGUGGAUUAGUGAGAGAGGCUCCUGGAGCUGUGAACUCUGCUACUACAAAUACCAGGUCAUUGCCAUCAGCACCAAAAACCCACUUCAGUGGCAGGCUAUCUCUUUGACAGUGAUUGAGAAAGUACAGAUAGCUGCAGCUAUACUGGGUUCCCUGUUCCUGAUAGCCAGUAUCUCUUGGCUGGUGUGGUCCUCCCUCAGCCCAUCGGCCAGGUGGCAACGGCAGGACCUGCUUUUCCAGAUCUGUUACGCCAUGUACGGCUUCAUGGACCUGGUGUGCAUAGCUCUGAUUGUGCAUGAGGGUCCCUCUGUAUUUCGCAUCUUUAACCGUUGGCAGGCUGUUAAUCAGCAGUGGAAAGUCCUCAACUAUGACAAGGUAAAAGACAAUGAGGAGCACCAGAAAACUGGUGCCACAUUCCGGACCCUCACCCUGCCCUUGACGCACUGCAUGGGGCCCACCGGCAUGGAGGGCGAAUCCUCCACCUCCCUCAUGGCUGCCGCCGCAGUGGCCGCAGCUCCUACCGUGGCCCCCACUGCAAACUCUGUCCCAUUGCCAACUGGUGCCACUAUGGAGGCACAGGACUCAUCUGAGCCUAGCAACGGGCAGCCCUUGCUGCCAGACCACCACUGUGCUUACAAUAUCCUUCAUCUCUUUAGCCACCACGUGAGGCAUCAGGAGCCCCGCGGACAGUCCAGCAAUAACAACCGUGAACUGGUCAUGAGAGUUACUACAGUCUGAGGCUUCUGUUAAGGCCUAGUUUAUGAUUGAAGCUCUGCAUGUGACAAAUUUAAAGAAAGGAAAUUAAACAGUGUUUCCAGAGGACCCAGUGCAGUACUAUUCUGGGUGUAAGGUGUUUUUGUUUUUGUUUUUUUACAGUAUUGAAUAAAACAAGAAAAACAUUUACUCUCGCAGUGGCUGUGUGAAGAAAUAUUUAGUCUGGCCAAUGCCAUAAAGCAUACUGGAGGUUGUAUAAGCCAUCGAGAGACAGAGUGGGAAGGGUGAAUGGUCAGUGAAGCAGAGUCUGAGUGUGUGUGUUGAGCUUGUUGUCAGCUCAAGGCCAGUCAGAGCUGUAGCCAUUCUGAAGCACAACCAUAACAAUGCAAUCCACAUUAAGUUUCUACACGGUCUGUGAGCCAUUCUGCUGAACCAAAUCAGUGCAAUGUGAAGAAUAAAGGUGUUGUACAUAAAAAACAACAUUGCACAGGUUUCCAAAUGGUUACAAGCUGUAUUUUCAGAUUAAAUCUUAUUAUUAAGGUCAAUGCAGAACUUGUGACAAUAAGCAAGUCUAAAUAUGUUUCCUAACCGUUCAAUCCAAAUGUGAUAUCGAAGGAUCAAACUAUUGUUUACACUUACAGGCAUUUAUAAGUGUCAGCUCUGCUGUUAGGUAAAUCAAACCUCUGAUUUUGAAAGUAUUGUACAUCAAUAACAGGAAGACACAUUACAGUGGAGGCAACCUGUAGUAUUGAAAUCUUUUCGAAAAUGUAAAAGAAAAAAGUGGCCCAAUUUGAGGCAGAUCUAAAUCAACUGAAUUAUUUUGUAUACAUUUGUUAAAUAUGUGCAAAAAAAAAGGUUGCUACAUAAAAAAUUAAAAAAAAAGACA